AUGGUUGCCAGUGAUGAGAGCGCAAGAUCAUCGUCGGCUGGCAGUGAUGCCGACUGCGAGAUGGACGUCGAACAGAAUAUCCCGUCCAUAUUCUUCCAGCAGUUGAUUAUCCAACAGCACAACAAACAGAAGAAGAAGGCAGCAUCCGAACAGCAGCAGCUUCAGCAACAGCAACAGCUGCUCCAAUCAAUUGCCAAGAACAAGCGUCGGUCCACCAGUGCCCGAGCAGAGAGGGAGAAGGAGAAGGAGGGUGGCAAGGCCGCCGAGGACUCAUCCGAGAGGUCCGAUCAUCAUACUUCCGAGAUGGAGGAUGAUGAAAAGUCACUUGGCGAGGAGUCCAUGCAGGAGGAUGAGCCUCGGCCCGUGGCCAGCAGUUCCUAUCUUCGAAGCAGGAAGCGGCAGGCUGCACAGCCAGUGUCCGCCGCCACUACCAACGCCGCUCCCAUCACUGAACCAGAGUCCAGUUCUGAUAAUAAGGAAGAGGACAAGGGUGAGGAGCAGACUCUAAGCUCCAUACAGAGAUACAUCAUUAGAGCAUUGAGAGCGCAUAGUGGAGCUGCCCAUCUAUCGACCAUUCAGGAGUUCAUGUCAGAUAAAUGGAACAAAUUGAGGAAGCGUGAUGGAACAAAGUAUACUUACGAUCACAAACGAGUGAUUGCUGCAACAUUGUCCAAUGCAUCCUCUGCGAGUCAAUUGUUCCAUCGUGAUCAUGAGAGGGAGGGUUGGUGGAUGCUUGGUCCUCGUGGAAAGUCUAUCGAGCUGGAAGAGUCUGAUGAGGAUUUGGACGAUGACGAGGACAACAACAAUGACAAGUCGGUGGCAGAGGAUGGUGGCGCCACUGAAGAGACUGCCGAGCAAGAGGUCAAGCAGGAGACAAGUGUUACAUCAACGACAACCACAUCAACUGCGGCCAAACACUCGUCGCCACUAAUCAUGAAGAUACAAAUCCAACCUCUGAGCCGAAAGAAACGAACGUCCACAAGCACCAGUCCACCAGUACCUGUCAAGUCACAGAAUGAGGACGUUUCGGUUGUCUCCCCACCCGACACACCACCCAUCAAGACUGAUGAGAGCAAGGGCGACAACAAUGGCACCACUGUGGCCAACAGCAGUACCAGCACCACGAAUGGUGUCAGCAGCUUCACAUCCCUGCGACGAAAGUUUGGAAGGAAGCGCAAGCAAUCCAAUGGAGAUGAUGCGGAUGGCAGUGCUGCCGUCCAACCAGGUGAUACCAAUGCAGAGCCAACCGAAGACAAGGCCGUUGCCGAGACCACCAUCACACCCAUGAAGACAGAGAGCGACACCGAGUCCAAGACGACGGUCGCCUCUUCAAACACAAAGAAGAGCAAAGUGUCACCAAAGAUUGAGAGCACAAAGAGACCGAUACGCUCAACGAGAAGGAAACCACUCGAUGAGGCAAAGGGAGGUGAUGACGGGGAUGACGAAAACAAGUCUCAAUCGGACCAAUCAAAUGACGAGGCAACCAUGUCUGACGAGGAGGACAGUUCAUCUUCGGACAACGAGUUGUUUGAAGGACCAUCCUCCCCAACGCAUAUCCUAGAUCUGGCGGCCAUGGCACUCCAAGAGAAUGGUGGUUCAUGCUCACUACAGAAUAUUGCCCAAUAUAUCGAUAAUUUCUUCACAACAUUCCACUGCACGAUCAAUACAAACGAGAAGAUCACAAAGGUCAAGAGCUCUCAGGCACUUCCAAAGCUUGAGGACAUGUAUAUAUUAGAGUUGAUCGAGCGAGGCAUGGGAGAAUAUCCAUCAAGAUUCCAUCGCGACAGCACCCAGCAAAAUCGUUGGCACAUUGCCAAGAAUGCACUGCAUACUGCGCGCACCAGUCGUAAUCUAUCAUCGGCAACGGCACUAUCUCGCAAGUACACCAAGAAUCCAGCAAGGUCCACAGCAGCAUCAUCAUCCCUGGUCAGGAUUGGCAAGUAG